ACAUACACAUACUGGCACACACAUGUACGCACACAGCCACACUCAUUGAAAAAGUCAGAGAAUUGUGUGGGAAAUAAAAAUCGUGUAUAACUAACUACGAAACGCGCAAAUUGUGCAAAUGCGGAUGCCCAGUGCUAAAGGCAAAGUGAACGUUUUGAUAAAAUCGGAUGCGCUGGCUGUUUGGGCAGCUAAAAAUUCAUGUUGUCGCUGUAACGCAGCGCACUGAGUGAGUGACCACACCAACAACAACAACGACGACGACGACAACAACAACGACAGCAGCGCAGCAGUGUUGAGAGAAAAGAUGGCGACGAGUCGCACCAGUCGCAUACAAUCACAACCAAAAAUUUUUCCUUCAAUCUUUUCGAAAUUACAUGGAGCAAUAUCGGAAGCAUGCGUCUCGCAGCGCCUAUCGACGGACAAGAAGACGCUGGAGAAAACGUGGAAACUGAUGGACAAGGUGGUCAAAUUGUGCCAACAGCCCAAGAUGAAUCUAAAAAACAGUCCACCCUUCAUAUUGGAUAUACUGCCGGACACGUAUCAGAGAUUGCGUCUUAUCUACUCCAAGAACGAGGAUCAAAUGCAUCUGCUCCAUGCCAACGAACAUUUCAAUGUAUUCAUCAAUAAUCUAAUGCGUAAAUGCAAACAGGCCAUAAAACUGUUCAAAGAGGGCAAAGAGAAAAUGUUCGAUGAGAAUUCGCAUUAUCGUCGCAAUUUAACCAAACUGAGUUUGGUCUUUUCCCACAUGCUCAGCGAGCUAAAAGCUAUAUUUCCCAAUGGUGUCUUUGCGGGCGAUCAGUUUCGAAUCACUAAAGCCGAUGCAGCCGAUUUCUGGAAGAGCAAUUUUGGCAACAGUACACUGGUGGCUUGGAAAAUCUUUCGUCAGGAACUUAAUAAGGUGCAUCCGAUAUCAUCCGGCCUGGAGGCGAUGGCAUUGAAGACAACAAUCGACUUGACGUGCAACGAUUAUAUAUCGAAUUUUGAAUUCGAUGUAUUCACGCGACUAUUUCAGCCUUGGGUCACAUUGCUGCGCAACUGGCAAAUACUGGCCGUUACCCAUCCCGGCUAUGUGGCCUUUCUGACCUACGAUGAGGUGAAGGCUCGUCUGCAACGGUACAUCCACAAAGCGGGCAGCUAUGUCUUUCGUUUAUCCUGCACGCGGCUAGGCCAAUGGGCCAUUGGUUAUGUGACGGCCGAUGGAGAGAUCUUACAAACAAUACCCCAAAACAAAUCGCUGUGUCAGGCGCUGCUUGAUGGGCAUCGCGAGGGCUUUUACUUAUAUCCCGAUGGCCAAGCCUACAAUCCCGAUUUGUCCUCCGCCGUACAAAGUCCAACAGAGGAUCAUAUAACAGUUACACAAGAGCAAUACGAGCUGUACUGUGAAAUGGGCAGCACCUUUCAGUUAUGCAAAAUCUGCGCAGAGAACGAUAAGGACAUACGCAUCGAGCCUUGCGGUCAUUUGCUGUGCACGCCCUGUCUCACAGCCUGGCAGGUGGACUCGGAGGGACAGGGAUGUCCGUUUUGUCGUGCCGAAAUCAAGGGCACCGAACAGAUCGUUGUGGAUGCUUUUGAUCCGCGCAAGCAACACAAUCGCAAUGCAACGAAUGGCCGACAACUGCAGCAGGACGACGAUGAUACAGAGGAUAUGGGCGACUUCAAUAUUGCCACAAGUUCGCUGCAUGCGCUCAGCACCUCGGCCGCCUCGCAGUCGUCCAUGGAGAAGCACAGUCCGCACACGUCGCCGCGGCUGGGCAGACGCAGCACCACGCCCAGCUUGAUGGCGGUGCAGAAUGAUCUGUAUGCGGGCGGUGCGGCAACGUUUAGUCUGCCCAGCAGCAGCUGCAACAGCAGCAGUAGCAGCAAUAGCAACAGCAACGCCGGCAGCUCCGGCACAACCAACUGCGCGCAACAGCAGCCCCAACCACAACCACAGCCACAGCCGUCGGCACCACCUGCUGCUGCUGUCAUCAGCAAUGGCAGUGGCAGUGGCAGUGGCAGUGGCAAUGGCAAUGGCCAAGCAUCCACGCAAAAGUCAACGAACCGCAUGAGUGCACCACUCAUCGGCUCUAGUGUGAACAACUCCACCUACGGGCAGAAGUUGCCGAGCAAAACGGACAGCGGUUCGAGCGGCGACACGGCCUCCAUUAGCUCCUAUGCCAUACUACAGAAUCUACAGGAUAAUGCCAGCUCCAGCUGCACAGUGGCUUCAGCUGCAAGUUGUUCAAAUGCUGCUGCUGUUGCUACUGCUGCUGCUGGUGGUGCUGCAGUGGCACCGCCCUUGCCGCCGCGCAAGUCGCCCGGCAUGGAGACGCCAGUGAAGCCGAAUGCAACGCCCUCGACCAGCAAGAGCAUCGACAACAUACAGUGCAGCUUGGACAAUGUGCCGCCGCAGACAACGGCACCACCCAUACCACCGCAUGUGAGCAGCAGCGUGGAUACCUUGGCCGAGGACUUGAUGCGACAGCAGCGCAUUGCGAGCAGCACCACAUCGCCGGUGCUGUCCCUGCUGGACGAGAUGGUGGAGGUGGGGCCAGCUGAGACUAUCAGCGGUGUCAUCGACACACGUCCGCUAGAAGCGCGAGGCACGUUGCCCAGCAGCAGCACCACCGCCACCAUCAACUCCAGCAGCAGCAACAACAACAGCAGCAGCAGCAGCAAUUGCAGUGGUGCCCAAGAUGCAGCCACUUCGCACUAUACGCAAUUGUGCACCACCACGACCAGUGCAGCGGCUCUGGCGGCUGCCGCCACGCUGGCCAAUGGCAAAAAGACAACGUUAAAGCAGCCAACACCAGCGGCUAGUCCUGGACAGCUGCAGCAACAGCAGCAACCACUGCUCUAUGCGAACGUGACGAUCAAUCAAAAAGACUGCGGCCCCACUGUGCCCUACGAGAAUAUCAAUCUGGAGUAUAUAGCGCGCCUAAUGAAUGCCGGCUACUCCAAGGAGAACGCAAUCACAGCUCUGGGCAUCUCGAGGAACAACAUCGAAAUGGCUGGCGACAUACUGCGCGAGUUUGUCUCCAAGAAUAGCGCCUAAGUGCCCGCCCUCUAAACCAACUCCCGCCCUCCGCCAGCUCCCUGUCACCCUCACCUAGUCUCUCUCAUACAGUGUGAUCCCAGGAGGAGUAUUGUUGAUGAUGUUAAUGAUGAUGAUGAAGAAGACGAUAAUGAUGAUGAUGAUG